AUGUCGGAACAAGUGAGACACGUGGCGGUGAUCGGCGCAGGUAUAUCUGGGCUUGCUACUCUAAGGAAUCUUCUCUCAACAAAGCAGAAGUACAUACCAACAUGCUUUGAACGAGGAAGUGACCUAGGUGGAGUAUGGCUGUACAAUGAGAAUACACAUGUGGAUGAGUACGGAAUGCCGGUAUUUUCAAGCAUCUACCGUGAUCUGAUAAGCAACUUGCCAAAGCCGCUUAUGGAGUUCCCAGGUUUCCAAAAUACAGAUCCAGACAUAGCUUCCUCAUUUAUGCACAGAGAAGAGGUGAUGGAAUACAUCAAACGAUUUUCAGCGCACUAUGAUCUUGAGAAGCAUAUCAAGACUCAUGCAUAUGUCACAGACGUGAGUCCUAAAAGCGCUGAAAGGUUUCCCGAAUGGACUGUAUCCUACCAGGACGUUCGGAACAAAGAAAUGAAGCAUGACGUCUUUGAUGCUAUUUUCCUAAGUCAUACACAUGACAAAUUGAAAUCAGCUUUACCCGAAAACGUUAUUGAGAAAACUGGGAUUAAACGAAUGACACGUACGACAGUCGUCUUCCUUGAUGACACAGAGGAGGAAGUAGACGUUUUACUGUUUUGUACCGGAUAUUGUUAUAGCUUCCCAUUUCUAAGUGAUGACGUCAUUAAUGUUUCCAGAGAUAAGAUCACGCCUUUAUAUAAGCAUGUUGUAAAUGUCAAACAUCCAAAUUUACUCUUUAUAGGAAUCCUUGAACGUGUUUCAUACUUUCCAAUGGCGCACGUGAUGUCAAGAUUUGCUGUUGCCGUAUUAGACGGUGACGUUAUGCUUCCAUCCGAAAUGGAAAUGCAAGAAUACGUUGACCGUGAUUUUGAAAAGAGAGAGGCACGAGGUGAUAAGCCACAUAAAUUUACGAAAAAUGAGCGAUUAUGGGAAUAUGAUAAAGAUUUAUCAACACUGGCAGGUAUUCAGCCAAGCCCUAAAGCCUUUGAAUUAGUACGUGCCUUCAUCAUUCAGGAAUACACGCACAACGUUACCACAUUCCGUGACAGAAAAAUUCAAAUAUCAGAAGACAGAAAAUCAUUUCAACUUUUAAAUUAA